AUGGCGAUACCAACCACCGCCGGCGCCGCCGCUGCUACCACUACCACCUUGGAUGACAAGUUCCAGAAUCUGGACGAUGAGGCCGUGUACGCUCACGUCAAAGCCGAGGCUGCCAACGACAAGGCUCUCAACUUUGUCGUUGAGUUUAAUCAUCAUGAAGCCUUGAUCGCUUUCAAUCUAACCUCUGAUGAUUUUAGUCAACUUGUUACCAGAGAGCGCAAAGAGGGGAUGCGCAUCGGCGUCCAGUACAAGUUCUCUAAAAGACUGCUCGCCAUAAUGACGGCUCUGGCCUUGUCGUCUCUCAAGGAGGCUAAUACGACCCCGAUGGCGUUACCACGAGGAGGAGGAGAAGGAGGAGGAGAUGUUGAGAAAGGGUCGUCGUCCGAUGGCCUUGGACCUCCACCGCCGGGACAGACGCAGGCGCAAGUGCUGGAGGAGCUUGAGAUCUAUCAACUUGUGAAGGAAACGGUCAACUACACUUCCAUUGAUCAAGGGAAGCACUGUGAUCUACUGCCGCCCAGACACUGGUCAUGGCUUGCCCUCUGCUCCGACUCCGUCGUGGUGUCUUUCCACGAGACGCCAUCAUCCGAAGACGAGAAAGAACUUGUCAACAUGAGAUCCAACACAACCAGCGUAUUGUGUCAACUCUCCAAGCACGGCGUAGAAGAUUUCGAACGAAGGCUUCUCUCGCUGAAACCGGUCCGGCAAGCCAUGUCUCGCUCGGAACUCGACGGCAACGCUGCCCGCGAGGGCUCGAGCAAUCUCUUCUAUUAUCUCUUCGAGGACUAUUCGUCGGCUCUGCCCGUUUUAAAAACUUCCAAGAAUGAGCUGGGUCGAUUGGUAAGUAACGAGGACAGACUUCUCAGCAACCAUGAGCUUUCAACCAAGGAUGGAAUAUCUGCUGAUACCAUUGAAUGCCAGUUACCUAGCAGUAUCUUCGAUGAGGUGAACAUCUCAUUGUCAGCAAGAAGUCGCUUCGAGCGCCUUGGAGACAGACUUCAACUGUUGAUGCUCAACACAAUCCAGGAGUACCUGGACGAGCAGAAUGCGCUUUCAAACACGUAUUUCAACCUAACGGCCCAAAGGGACUCGCAAGCAACUGCCCGCCUGAGCAGGAGCGCUACCGUAUUAGCCAAGCUGAGCGUCUUUUUCCUCCCCAUAACUUUCAUGACCAGCUAUUUCUCCGUAGAGAUACCCGAUCUGGUGGAACACUACACACCCAAGAUGUACUGGGUCUGUUUUGCUGUGAUUGCCGGAAUUUCCUUUAUUAGCCUCUUCUUCUUCAGUCGCAUGAUUGAAGUCCUCAGCGACGUCCUCGAGGCUUGGGCCCACACCAAAAUACAAAACAUCCGGCGCUCUGUUGGACUCAGUGUACAGGACGAUAGAGAAGAGCACUAA